UUUUUCUUGACAGAUGUCUUGGGCUAAAAGUCUUUGAUUUAUCACAUAUAACAUCUCUGAACCCAAAUUAACAACCAAGAAUAAGUUUAUGUGCUGAGACAUAUUUGAGGUCGGCGAAUAUCUCAGGUAUGUCACAAAAUGAAGAAAUCGAUAAAUCUAACCUACAAACCAUCGACGAAAUUCACGAUGCGAUUACAAAGAAAAUUAAAGAUGAUGGUAACGCUCUAACUGUUUCUCUAAAAUUUUCUGCUCUGAAACUUGAUUCGGAACGAAUCAAGUUUUUUCGCGCUUUGUUGAAAAAGUACAAUGUUUGCAUAACGUUAAUAGAUUCCGGAAAAGAUGAGAGCAAGUCGGAAAGGGCACGUAACUAUGGCAACGAAAUGUAUAAAGUUAGACAUUAUGACGACGCCCUGAUUUUUUAUAAUGAAAGUAUAGCCUUCGCUAAAAAUAAUGGUAAGAAUUUAGCUCUUGCUUAUGGUAAUCGAUCAGCUGUGCUGUUUCAGAUGAAGCAGUAUGCAGCUUCAUUACAAGAUAUCGAGCAAGCCAAAAUUUGCAACUACCCAGCAGACUUAUUAAACAAAUUGCAAGUGCGGCAAAAAAAAUGCGAGCAAUUCUUGAAUAAUAUUCCAAGCAAGACAAAGGAAAAUUACAUCACCGAUUCCAUUUUUAAGGGUUUUAAUAAAGAAAUACCUUGUGUUUCUGCUGCAUUAGACUUGAAAUAUGAUUCGGAGUUAGGCAGACGUCUUGUAGCCAAUUGUAAUAUUCAACCAGGUGCCGUACUUGCUGAAGAAUCUCCAUUUAUUAGUUCACUUCUUGCUAACUUAUGUCAUACUCGUUGUUCUAAUUGUUUGUGUAAAAGCUUUAACUUAAUACCAUGCCCAAAUUGUUCUAGCGCAAUGUACUGUAGCAAAGAAUGCAUGAAUGUUGGACUUAAUAAAUACCAUGAUUUAGAGUGCUCUCUUUCAGCUAGUAUAAAAUCAUUAAUGUUAACAAAAAUCCAAUUGUUGAGCUUUAGAGUAGCAAUUUGUGCACUGACAUAUUACAAUUCGAACAUCAAAUCUUUAAAAAAAUCUGUGGAAGCAAUUGAAAAACAUGCUGAAAGCAAUUCAGAAAAGGCUGGUUUUAGUAAAGACUCUCAGGGUCAUUGGAAAUAUAGAAGUGAUAAAUAUGAGCCAAUACAUUGUUUGGUAUCUCACGGCAAAGACCGCAAAACAGUUGAUUUGUGUUACAGAACUGUAGUAGCAGCAGCACUUGUUAUUAUUUUUCAACAACAAUCAGAUGUUGGAAAAAAAUUUACUGAGGAGGAAGCUGAUUUUUUUGGAGGAUUGAUUCUUCAUCACCUACAAACGAGCGCUUGCAACAUGCAUACCAUUUCAGAAUUGGCUGAUGAUUCAUGUGAUGAUAUGCAACUUGGAAAUGCAGCUUUUGCUGUUCACAGCUUGUUUAAUCACAGCUGUUCUCCAAAUGUUACUAGAUACAAUUUUAGUGUAGGAGGUAAAACAAUUAUGAGAACCAUAGCAUUAUUACCAAUAGAUAAGGGAGAAGAAAUAUUUGAUAAUUACGGUCAUCAUUUUGCCAUAACACCCAAAGAUGAAAGGCGUGCCGAGUUGAGAGAUCAAUAUUAUUUUGAAUGCCAGUGCUUAGCUUGUCUGGAAAACUUUCCUAUAUAUUAUCAACUUCCUAUACUAAAGGAAUAUCCUGGUUCAAUUAUAUCCCAAAAGGCUUAUAUGAGGCUUCGAAAUCAAUCUAAAGAUUUUGCUCAUAAAAUGCUCAAUCUGUAUUUGACACAACUAGGAUCAAUAUACAAGUUAUGUCCUUAUCCUAAUAAGCAGGCAUGUGAUCUGCAAGAAGCUGUGAAACACUGCUUGGCGAUACUCACCAAAGAAACUUAGCUUUGUCAUAAGAGAUUUUUUUAAGACUGUUAUUUUACUGUUUUGAGUUUAUUAGAUAUUGUUAAAAUUAUGAAAUAUUUUAUUAGUGUGAUAAUUCUGUUAUGCUUAAUUU